AUGUGGCUACACCUUUGCCCCUGCGAUGGGGUCUUGUCAGCCGUGAUUUUUCAAUUGACGUGGUUCGUUUUAGCCAAUCCGCGUGCUGUCAAGACUUCAGCGUUCUCAUUGGCUAAAAGCACUCUGUCGACUAGACCGGUGUGGGUACAUCGUCUCGAGCUGCGUGCGCUGCGGAUCGUCAUGGACCUGGCCACUAUCUUGAGCGACCAGUUAAAGCUGCAGCAUCUGGUAAAUGAUCUCUUCCGUCCAUUUGACGCAUUGCAGGUCGACCAGGUCGUGGCGCUACAGGUGGAACCGACCAUCACUCUGGAUGUCAAUCAUCGAAUUUCAGCCAAUCGAAAUUCGCUAGCGGAUGAUUUUGCAAUAUCGACAUGUCACGGAACGACGACGGCCAUUGCAGGGGCGAUUGCAGGCGCAAAGGAGCUCGCGUAUGGAGAGGUCUCGGUGCUGAAAAAGAAGCACAAGAAGAAGAGGCAGAAGAAAGACGAGGAAGAUGAGAAGGGAGAAGAGCGAGAAGUGACGGUGGAGCUGAAGGAAGAGGACGCAGUUCUAGUUGCCAAGAUGAUGGGUGAUGCGUCCACAUGCUUGUCGACUGACGAUGGAAACGGCGCGUUUAGUGUGGAGCUGAAGCGCGAGACAAUCAGUGAGACAGCGAGGAUACUGCUAGUUGCGGACUUGGUGAAUGAGGUGGAGAGCAUCUUGGCGGCGAGAAACGCACUGUCGAGGAUUAGGGUGUGA